CACAUGCGGUUCCAUGAUGUAACAGCAACAGUACUUAAAGCGGGGGCUUUUUUGCCUCACACCACUUCACUCUGGCACGUCUGAGCAUUGUCAAGCAAGGAGGCGGUUCAACAUUCAAAAUUAAAAUAACGGAUUUUUAAUAUGGUUUUAGGGCUUACAACAGCUGAAAUACAUUCUAUGGAAAAACAAGGUGAAAUAGUUAAAUGCGCAGCUAAGUUUAGCCAAAGAGACACCUUCAGGGAAUCCUGAUCUCCAUUUUUCUGUCCUAGUCGCUCCAGAUAAGGGGUUUUUAGGCAAAGUCCAAACAAAUAACGGCCUCAGCUGAUCCCAAGAAUUCUGAAAAUGGUUGGAUUUGGACCUGCAGAUGUGCCUCCGUCAGCUGCUGUAAAGUUUGUAGGAGCAGGAACUGCAGCCUGUAUUGCUGAUCUGCUCACUUUUCCACUGGACACAGCCAAAGUGCGGCUACAGAUUCAAGGAGAGUCUGCAGCCUCUGCACCGAUCGGGAGGGCCCCUACCUCUGUGUAUCGUGGAGUUUUUGGCACCAUCAUCACUAUGGUGCGCACAGAAGGACCACUGAGUCUGUACAGUGGACUGGUGGCAGGUCUUCAGAGGCAGAUGAGCUUUGCUUCAGUCCGGAUCGGCCUCUAUGACUCUGUCAAACAGUUUUACACCAGAGGCUCUGACCAUGUUAGCAUUGGCACUCGGCUGCUCGCAGGAGGCACCACCGGUGCCAUGGCGGUUGCUUUAGCUCAACCCACAGACGUGGUAAAAGUCCGCUUUCAGGCACAGACCAGGUCAAAUGAGCACGCCAAACGCUACUGUGGCACCAUUGAUGCGUAUAAGACCAUUGCUAAAGAAGAAGGCGUGCGUGGUCUGUGGAAAGGUACUGGUCCAAACAUCGCACGCAGUGCUAUAGUUAACUGCACAGAACUGGUGACGUAUGAUUUCAUUAAGGACAUGCUUCUCAAGUCUACUCCCUUGACAGACAACCUACCCUGCCACUUUGUGUCUGCAUUCGGGGCCGGGUUAUGCACCACAGUGAUCGCCUCUCCUGUCGAUGUGGUCAAGACAAGAUACAUGAACUCUGCUCUAGGCCAAUACAGCAGCGUCCUCAACUGUGCGGCUGUCAUGAUGACCAAAGAGGGCCCCUUUGCCUUUUACAAAGGGUUCAUGCCAUCAUUCCUCCGCCUGGGCUCCUGGAACGUAGUGAUGUUUGUGACGUACGAGCAGCUGAAACGAGCCAUGAUGGCUGCCAAUCACAACAGCCCAAUUUUAGUGUGAUUU